AUGGCUACUACCGAUGGAUUCGGAUCCCAGAAGGUCCGCCGACUUUCCAGUCUUAAUGCCGAUCGGGCCGAGCUUUAUGGUGGCCCCAACGUCGUCAUGCCUCCAAAAUACUUGAUGGCCUCUACCCGGGGUCGUGACCUCGUCUCAGACAUUGAAAUGGACAAAAAUCACUCAGAUGAAGAGGCCAUUUCCUCAGAAGAAGAGUCCUCUGCAGUGACUACCCCUUUGACAAUCCCGCCAAUGGCCGUUAGCGAUGACUUUGCACUGGCCUUCGAUAUCGAUGGCGUCCUUAUCAGAGGCGGCCAGGCCAUUCCUGAGGCUAUCGAUGCCAUGAGAUACAUCAAUGGCGAAAAUCCCUAUGGAGUUAAAGUACCCUACAUUUUCCUCACCAAUGGUGGUGGCAAAACUGAAAAAGAACGAUGCCAGGAUCUCAGUCGCCAGCUCGACUAUGAGGUUUGUCCUGGUCAAUUUAUUUGUGGACACACUCCCAUGCGUGAGAUGGCCGAACGAUACGACACCGUCCUGGUUGUCGGAGGUGAAGGCGAGAAGUGUCGCAUCGUUGCCGAGGAGUAUGGAUUCCGGAAUGUGAUCACGCCCGGCGACAUUAUCAAGACACGCCACGACACCACGCCUUUCCGCAAAUUGACUGACGAGGAGUACAAAAACUCAAGAGUGCUCGAUCUAGACUCGGUCCAAAUCGAGGCGAUCUUCGUCUUUGCUGAUAGCCGCGACUGGGCCGGUGAUCAGCAAAUCAUUUUGGACUGCCUGAUGUCCGUGAAUGGAAAACUUGGUACACGGUCGGAAACAUUUGAUGAAGGCCCGCCAAUUUACUUCUCCCACAACGAUGUGGUCUGGUCAACGUCGCAUGAGCACACACGUAUUGGCAUGGGUGCUCUACGUGCCUCGUUGGAGGCUCUCUACAAGGCCGUCACCGGCAAAGAGCUGAAGACCGUUGCCUUUGGCAAGCCGCAGAUGGGCACAUUCCAAUUUGCGACCAGGCUUCUGUCAAAAUGGCGCAAGGAUUCCCAUGGUAUCGGCCAUCCACCUUCAACAGUCUACUUCGUUGGCGAUACACCCGAGUCCGACAUUCGUGGAACCAAUGAGUUCAACGAGAUCUCUGAGAACGAAUGGUACUCCAUCCUAGUCGGAACUGGUGUCUGGCAAGAGGGUACCAUCCCGCGCUUCCCACCCAAGAAGAUCGUGAACAACAUCUACGAUGCGGUCAGGUUUGCGGUUGAGCGGGAACAGCAAAAGAUCCAUUCGCAAAAAGGCCCUGCUAGAGACGGCCUGCAAGAUCCUUUGGCAGAGAACGGUUUGAAGAACUAA